AUGACAACGUAUAGAAAUCCAAAUCCUAAAUUCGAGCAUAUUCUUCCUUUAUCUACAAGAUGGAAACACCAGAUUACUGAGUGGUUACAAGAAGACAUUCCUUCUUUUGAUUACGGUGGAUAUGUGGUGGGAGAUAACGUCCAGACCGCAACCCUCUUCUGUAAAGGUGAUGGAAUUCUUUGUGGAAUCCCUUUCGCGAAUGAGGUAUAUCAUCAAUGCGGACUUAGCUUUGAGUGGCAUGUGGAUGAAGGAACAUACCUGAAACCCUCAAAAACUGAUAGUGGGAAAAUAAAAGCGUGCACAGUGAAAGGGCCAGUGAAAAAUAUCUUGAUUGCGGAAAGGCUGUCCCUCAAUAUCAUUUGCCGGUUGAGUGGUAUUGCCACUCAGUCACACCUCACUAUCAAAAAGGCCAGAGAAGCUGGAUAUACAGGAAUUAUUGCAGGGACGAGGAAAACUACACCAGGACUUAGAUUGCUUGAGAAAUAUGCGAUGCUUGUAGGAGGUGUGGACACUCACAGGUAUGAUUUGUCAUCAAUGGUAAUGCUCAAAGAUAAUCAUAUUUGGGCAACAGGGUCGAUCAGAAAGGCUGUCAAGAAUGCAAGGAUUGUGGCAGGCUUUAGUACCAAAAUAGAAGUCGAAGUUCAGAACGAAACGGAUGCAGAAGAAGCCAUCGAUGCGGGAGCUGACAUUAUUAUGCUGGACAACUUUAAUGGACCCGAGCUCCAAGCUGUCUCUCAAUCUCUGAAAAGAAAGUGGUCAGGUAAACGCCAGUUUUUGCUUGAGUGCAGCGGAGGGUUGACUUUAGAGAACAUUUCUGAAUAUUUGAGCAACGACAUUGAUAUCUACUCUACAUCCUCUGUGCACCAAGGAUGUUCAGUCGUUGAUUAUAGUUUGAAGCUUGACAAAACGAGCUAA